AUGGGCAAGGAGAUAAAAGACCAUGUUGUUGGCCCAAUGCCAGUGGAGGCCUUUCUAGACGAGUUCCUGCCGAAUCCGAAAAACCAUGACCCCUCGGACUUCACUUCACUCUUCACUUCGGCCUCCAACGCUGAAGCAUUCAAUAUACAAUCCGUUAAGAGAGAGGAGGCUGCUUACGAUUUAUUCAUCAACGGCAUAAAACCCUUCGCCCCCCAACUAUCAUUUGUGAACUCGUCCAACCGUGCAGACACGAAGAACUGUUCGGCCUUCACAUUCAACGUCAAGCCGGAUGUUUGUGUAUACGCCGACGGAACA